CACGAUCCUGUAUUUAUAUUCUUAUGCUUAUGUACUUAGAUAGAGUUUUUAUCACGCUGUGCCUUCAUUGUUAUCUCGACAAGAAUAAUCAGACUAUAUAAACAUAGCAACUUCUGUUGUUUUUUGACAUUCUGUAACUGUGUGAAGUCUGAAAAUGCUGUAUUUAUUAGCGAUUUUGAUAAGUGCAUUUACAAUUUUAUACUUUUAUUUUACAAGGAAUUUCAACUGCUGGAAAGACAGAAAUGUACCUGGACCUAAACCUCUACCAUUGUUCGGUAAUAUUAAAGAUAGUGUACUCAGACGUAAGCAUGCUGCCUUAGUUUUUAAAAGUAUUUACGAUGCAUAUCCUAACGAGAAGGUGGUCGGAGUUUACAGACUGACUACACCGUGUCUACUGCUCCGUGAUUUAGAUGUUAUUAAGCAUGUCAUGAUAAAAGACUUUGAACUAUUCGUUGAUAGAGGUGUCUCAUUUAGCAAACAAGGACUAGGAGUUAAUCUAUUUCAUGCUGAUGGAGACACAUGGAAAGUUCUGAGGAACAGAUUUACUCCAGUUUUUACUUCUGGUAAACUGAAGAACAUGUUGUAUCUCAUGACUGAACGAGGUGAUCACUUUGUUAACUAUGUCGAGGACCUUCUUGUAAAGCAAUCAGAACAGCCUAUACAUGUCCUUGUUCAGAAGUAUACAAUGGCUACUAUUGCCGCAUGUGCGUUUGGUUUGGACUUAGAUGAAGAUAUGUAUAAAACGUUAAAUAAAAUAGACAAAAUGAUUUUUACUACCAGUUACUUCAGAGAUUUGGAUAUGAUGUACCCUGGAUUACUCCAAAAAGUCAAUAGCUCACUAUAUCCUAAAUUCCUACACACUUUUUUUGAUACUCUCGCUCAAACUGUUAUUAAAUAAAGAGGUGGGCUUCCAUCGAAUAGAAAUGACUUUAUGGAUUUAAUUUUGGAGUUGAGACAACAGAAAACAAUUGAAGGUACGAAGAAAAUGGACAAUGACAAGCUGAGGAUAGUUGAAUUGACUGAUAGUGUGAUUGCUGCUCAGGCGUUUGUGUUCUACGCGGCUGGCUAUGAGACCAGCGCCUCCACCAUGACAUACUUAUUCUAUGAACUGGCGAUGCGUCCCGAGAUACAAGACAAAGUAAUUGCAGAAAUUGACGAAGUUCUUAAACGACACAACGGUGUAAUUAGCUAUGAAUGCUUAAAUGAAAUGACUUAUUUGCAACAAGUAUUUGACGAAACAUUACGGAAACAUCCAAUUGUAGAUCUUUUACAACGCAAUGCUCAAGCGGACUACACAAUCCCAGGCACUAAUGUUGUUAUCAAGAAAGGACAAACUGUACUCAUUAAUCCUUUUAGUAUCCACCAUGAUCCUAAAUACUACCCGAACCCUGAUAAGUUUGACCCUGAACGGUUUAGUCCUGAAAAUGAGAAGGAUAGACAUUCAUGUGCUUAUUUACCGUUUGGAACUGGACCCAGAAACUGCAUAGGUCUGCGGUUCGCCAAGGUGCAGUCUCGAGUGUGCGUAGUCAAGUUUCUGUCAAAGUUCCGAGUGGAGCCUUCGAGGAACACUCCAACCGUGUUAGAGUACGACCCUAUGCGGUCUGUGCUGUUCCCCAUGGGUGGAAUACAUUUAAAUGUUCUAUGUCGAUAAAAUCUACACCACGAACCCAAUUUAUUUUGUAUAAUUAUAUGUGUCUGUCCAGGAUUGUUGUUUUUCUUUUUAGCUGACCAAAGAGUCGCGCACCGUCGUUUAUUGUAUUGAAUCUUACUAAACAUAUAUUGAAGCGAUUUUGGUAAUAUGUGUAAUGUUGAGUUGCAGAAAAUGUAUUCUCCUAAUAUCAUGUGCCAUUAUUGUUGACUAGCUGUUGCUCGCGAUUACGUACGCGUGAAAUUAGAAAACAUUAUUAAA